AUGAAGAGCAUUCUCGCCCUCUCGGCCGCGGCUCUGGCCGCUGCCAGCCCUCUCGAGCUGGAAGCCACGCCGACAACCACUACCACGGCCGCCGCCGGGCAGUGCACGCAGCCGGAAGGCGCGCCAGGUUUCGUUCACCCCGGUACAGUCUGCCCGUGCUACGAAUGGGACGCACCCGGCCGGGGUGAAGACUGCGCGGCCGUCGCCCAGCGACACGGCGUGCCCGAGGAGACCAUCAUCAAGUGGAAUCCCUGGGUGAGCGACCCUGACCUGCCUCAGUAUCCCUGCAUCAGGGCAGGCUGGGGAAACAAUCUCUGCGUCAGUACGUCUUUGCGCACUGCUUGA